GGCGGCCCCAGAGUAGCGCCCGCGCUGCGGCCCGCGGGACCGCGCCGCGACCGCCCGGGCCGGCCCCGAGGAGCGCCCGCCGCCGCCGCCGCCGCCGCGCGCGGACCGAGGAGAUGUGGGACAUGUGGAUUUGGGAUAUGAAUUCAUUUGAAAAACCACUUUGGGGUUAUGAAAGUGAUUUCUGAUGAAACUGGAUUGGAAUAAUUUUCAUGAUCUUUGUAUAUUUAUAUAUAUAUAUUUUAAAAUUUUGCAUUUGACUUAAAGUGCCAUGAGAAAAUUUGCAUAUUGCAAGGUGGUCCUAGCCACCUCCUUGAUUUGGGUACUCUUGGAUAUGUUCCUGCUGCUUUACUUCAGUGAAUGCAACAAAUGUGAUGAAAAAAAAGAGAGAGGACUUCCUGCUGGGGAUGUUUUAGAGCCAGUACAAAAGCCUCAUGAAGGUCCCGGAGAGAUGGGGAAACCAGUCGUCAUUCCUAAAGAGGAUCAAGAAAAGAUGAAAGAGAUGUUUAAAAUCAAUCAGUUCAAUUUAAUGGCAAGUGAGAUGAUUGCACUCAACAGAUCUUUACCAGAUGUUAGGCUAGAAGGGUGUAAAACAAAGGUGUAUCCAGAUAAUCUCCCUGCAACAAGCGUGGUGAUUGUCUUCCACAACGAGGCGUGGAGCACACUUCUGCGCACUGUCCACAGUGUCAUCAACCGCUCGCCAAGGCACAUUCUGGAAGAGAUUGUUCUAGUAGAUGAUGCCAGUGAAAGAGACUUUUUGAAAAGACCUCUAGAGAGUUAUGUGAAAAAAUUAAAAGUACCAGUUCAUGUCAUUCGAAUGGAGCAACGUUCUGGAUUGAUCAGAGCUAGGUUAAAAGGAGCUGCUGUGUCUAAAGGCCAAGUGAUCACCUUUUUAGAUGCUCACUGUGAGUGCACAGCAGGGUGGCUGGAGCCUCUCUUAGCCAGGAUCAAACAUGACAGGAAGACGGUGGUCUGUCCUAUCAUUGAUGUGAUCAGUGAUGAUACUUUUGAGUACAUGGCAGGUUCUGACAUGACCUAUGGUGGAUUCAACUGGAAGCUCAAUUUUCGCUGGUAUCCUGUUCCCCAAAGAGAAAUGGACAGAAGGAAAGGAGAUCGAACUCUUCCUGUGAGAACACCCACAAUGGCAGGAGGCCUUUUUUCAAUAGACAGAGAUUACUUUCAGGAAAUUGGAACAUAUGAUGCUGGAAUGGAUAUUUGGGGAGGAGAAAACCUAGAAAUUUCCUUUAGGAUUUGGCAGUGUGGAGGAACUUUGGAGAUUGUUACUUGCUCACAUGUUGGACAUGUGUUUCGGAAAGCAACACCCUACACAUUUCCAGGAGGCACAGGGCAGAUUAUCAAUAAAAAUAACAGACGACUUGCAGAAGUGUGGAUGGAUGAAUUCAAGAAUUUCUUUUAUAUAAUUUCUCCAGGUGUUACAAAGGUAGAUUAUGGAGAUAUAUCAUCAAGACUUGGUCUAAGACACAAACUCCAGUGCAGACCUUUCUCUUGGUACCUAGAGAAUAUUUAUCCCGAUUCUCAGAUUCCACGUCACUAUUUCUCUUUGGGAGAGAUACGAAAUGUGGAAACAAAUCAGUGUCUAGAUAACAUGGCUAGAAAGGAGAAUGAAAAAGUUGGGAUUUUUAACUGUCAUGGUAUGGGAGGUAAUCAGGUGUUCUCUUACACUGCCAACAAGGAAAUUAGAACAGAUGACCUUUGCUUGGAUGUCUCCAAACUUAAUGGCCCAGUCACAAUGCUCAAAUGCCACCACCUAAAAGGCAACCAACUUUGGGAGUAUGACCCAGUGAAAUUAACCCUACAGCAUGUGAACAGUAAUCAGUGCCUGGACAAAGCCACAGAAGAGGACAGCCAGGUGCCCAGCAUUAGAGACUGCAAUGGAAGCCGGUCCCAGCAGUGGCUUCUUCGAAACGUCACCCUUCCAGAAAUAUUCUGAGACCAAAUUUACAAAAAAAGAAAAAAAUAAGGAUUGACUGGGCUACCUCAGCGUACAUUUCUGCCACAUUCUUAAGUAGCAUAAAAGGAAAAGUGCUUUCCUCCUGCAGGAUGUAAGGUUUAUCAGCCAUUAAAACUUAGACUGCUCUCGCUUUCACUAGCUGUGAACCAGCCUUCCUGUCCAAGGACGUGAAACUACGUAGUAGCGAGACUGUGCACACUGAUGUUUACAAGAUUGAAAGAGUCUUUCAUCAAGAAUCAUUGUAAAGAAUAUUCAGACUGAAACAAUCUACGAAAUGUGCUUUCCAGAGAGCUGCACCUUUUAUGGUUUGCCUGCACAUCAGUAAUCUCUGCUGAAUGUGCUGUCAUAAUGAAGAUGUCCAGGAUUCUUUUCCCGAUUUGAACUGGUAGCCAGUAUAUUAAAUAUUGAUAUAAAAAUAAACGAAAAAGAACUGGAACCAGAUUCAGAAUCAUGAAAACAUUUUUACAACAAUCAAAAAAAACUAUAUUAAACAGGGUGUAAAAGGAAAUUAAAACAGAACUAUGAGAAGUACAAUUUGUUAUAGUAUAGUAUCAAAUUUCUAUAUAGAUUUUAUACCUCAGUGGAGAAAAAUAACUGAUUCCAAUGACAUUCAUUCUGUUUUCAUCUGUGAUAGUCAUGGAUGCCUUUUUUUUUCCUUGGGGUGCUGAAAUCGAGCUGAAAAAAAGUGGUUCUUUGAACGUAGUUUUAAUUGCUUUCUACAGUUUUUUUUAUUUGGUAUGUGGGCUGUUGGAAUUAUAAUUUUUAAUUGCCUUCAAAAAAUGGAGAUUUAAAAUCAUGUCUGGUCUCACGGAACAAGUUAGACAUCUCAGUUGCUCUUGGGUCAACUGGCUUAUAGACACACACAUACACAAAUUUCUUACUAGAUUUUCAACUUCCUAACUUGAUUCAACUGAUUAUGCUUAAUACCCAAGAUUCAUACUACUGUACUACAGAUUUGUUUUCACAGCAAUAAAUCUUCUGUUCUUUGUUUAUGAUUCCACUCAACAAAAGGCCUGCAGAGGUGAUUUAUUAUUUGGGUAUUUGGAGAUGAUACAUCUGAUGGUUUUUUGGAAAACCUUUUUCACUCCAUACUCAGAUGUGCUUCAUUGUCAAGUGCAUAUUUAGGUUAGGUUCUUGAAUUGUAAUGUUGAUCUGCUGCUUUUUUUUUUUUUAAUAAAAUUUGACUGAAAAUGUUUAAUUGGCAUUUUUUAAUGGGUUAGCCAAAGAAGUGCAGCUGUUACUCCAUAUUAUUAGUCCUGCAUUUCUUCCCUAAAUUCCAUUUAGGUUAAAUCUGUUUUGUUUUUCUGAUUUUUAAUACAAGAUAACCUGAGUAUCAAUUCAAAGUUGAGUAUCAGUUAAACUGAUAUUUUAAUCUCAUAGAAAGAACAUCUAAUUGUGACAUUUUUCCUGAUAUGUGAAGCAAUCCAUUGGCAAAAGUGCAUAUAUUUUCCUUCCUAUUUGUAAGACUAUAUUUAAUGAUAUUUUCUUUAUCAAAGACUCUCACUGCAGGCAGUGCUACUUCUUGUGCCUCAGAACGUUUCUGAAAGUUGCAUCACUAAUGAUGCAUGCCAAGUUGAGUGUACAGAGUUUCUCAUAUCCUAUUCAAGUUAAUAUCAAGCACAUGUGGAUGCUUUAGGGUGAGGCUGUAGUACAGAAUGCAUAACUUUUGUCCCCAGGAAAUCUGAGACAAAGCAGGUGCUAGAUGGGAUUUUUUUCCUUAACUUCAUGAGCUGUGUUAAUUCUAUCUUUGGUAGGCCUUAUGCUUGAAUAAACCAGAUGUCUAAUCAAUAAAUUAUUUUCAUGCUCAGAA